AGAACUCCAGCUGGAAUGCCGAGGCUGGAAGUGGAGGUCUCUGGAUUUGUCAGCCUUGCAGGCUUCUGGACACAUGUCCUCUCAGCCAUGAGGGGAUCAGAAGGAUUUAAUCUCUGUGUGCUCACCUGCAGCAUCCUGCUCUUGUCCUCCAGCCUGCCAUGCCUGGCGCAGCCUCUGGAGGAGGAUGUGACAAAGGUCCAGCAUGGCCCCUGGGCAGGGAAUGGGCUGCAAGAUGAAAGGACAGCCAUGGUGGGCUUGAAAAACAACCUGGGCCCUUCUGAGCAGACAGCUUCUGAGGAGCCCUGUGCAGUGUCAGCACUGCCAUCUGGAACACCCUUGGGUGGAGCUUUCACUGCAGGAGGAGAAGCCCUCCCUGAAGCUUUCACUGCAGGAGGAGAAGCCCUCCCCGCCAGCCCGAGCCAUGCUGUGCCCCACAGCCAGGGCCUGGCAGGUCCCCCCUCUGCUGGGGCACUGCCUGCUGGCCAUGAGGAGCUGGCUCCCACUGAGCCUCAGCUGCGUGAGGAUGAAGCCCUCAGGGCCAUGCUGACCACAGCUGUGACCACGCUGAGCCCUCCAGGUCAGGAGGAGUCUGGUGGCCCCGUUGGUGAGGCCACAACCGAGGGUGGGGUGGCAGUGGAGCCCAGCUCUGCUGGCCCCUCAGCAAACCCCCUUUCUGGGACCACUGAGGAGGAGGAGGAGGAAGCAGAGAGCAGCUCACAGCCCUCAGCUGUGCCCCAGCCCACACUGAGCCCCAGCUCUCCCAGCUGGGAAGCAGCAAGUCACCUCCCUGUCAUCACCCCGAGUCCCCAGGCUGCAGGUGUCACCUCUGGGCUGGGAACGCUGAGAGCCCACACAGGGAGCCCUCUGAAAGCCCUGGCUCCACCAACAUCUGUGGCUGCCAAACCUCCCCUUGUGGCAACUGAGGCCUUCCUUCAGCCAGAAGCUGGGACAGGUGUCACCCAACAGGAGCUGCCCUCUACACCUGGCACUGCCACCAUCCCCCCCACAGACACUGUGCCACCUGACUGGGAUGACACCAAGCUGGGGGACAUCACUCAAGGGAGGAGCACAUCUCAUGAGGAGCUGGGGACAACAGAACCAUCCCAGACCAGCCAGGGAGGUGUGGGGGAGGAAGAGGAUGCCACCAGAGCGUUGCCCUCCCCAGUGUCCCCUCCAGCAGCGCCUGAGCUUGCCAAGGAGAGCAACUGCACAGAGCCAGUGCAAGGGGAGGAGCUGCCAGCACCUUCCCCAGGCAGCAGCAGCUCUGCUUCCCACCCUGGGAGCCUGUCAGAGGCAGGCACAGCUGAUCUUGGCUCACUGGAAAACGUCAGUGCAGUGACAGCAGAGGAGGAGAAGAGCGUCCCUCCAUCACAGCCAGAGGCUGCUGUGCUGACAGAUACCCAGCCUGAGCUCUCUCCUACUCUGCAGAGUUCAUGGAAAGGUGCUGCUGAGGAGGUGACAGCAGCUGCCCAGGAGGCUGCUGCUGCUGUGCCAGCUGUGCCAGAGGUGACAGGUGCCACCCAGGGAGCAGGGGCUGCCAGCUUUCCUCAGGAGAACAGCGGGGAGGACACCCAGAUGCUGACAGCUCCCAGUGCCACCCAGGUGCUGCUGGCAACUGGGGCUUCCUCCACAGGGAGCCCUGUAGCUGCUGAAGAUCUCACAGAUGGGAUCCUGGUCACCAGUGAGAAAGCUCUCCCAGCCCCUGGUGGGAUGUCUUCUACUCCAGCUGGACAGACAGAGGAGCCAGCCAGCAGAACUGUGGUCCUGGUCACCCCAUCAUCAGUGUCCCCCUCUGCCAGGAGGACCAGCACAGCUGGCACCUACGGGCUGGAGCGCCUGGAGUCUGAAGAGGGUGAGGAAGAGGAAGAGGAUGACGAGGAGGAGGAGGAAGAAGAGGAGGAGGAAGAGGAAGACGAGGAGGACAAAGACCUAGACCUGAUGGAUGAAAGCAUGGAGGGUGACACGGAUCUGCCAGGCUUCACAAUUCCAGGAGAGACCUCCCAGGAGCCCCUGGCUGGCCUGGAGAACCCAGUGGCCCAGCUGGCUGGGGUGUCCUACCAGGUUCCUGACACCAUUGAGUGGGAGCAGCAGAACCAGGGGCUGGUGAGAAGCUGGAUGGAGAAGCUGAAAGAUAAGGCAGGAUACAUGUCAGGGAUGCUGGUUCCUGUGGGAGUUGGAAUAGCUGGAGCUCUCUUCAUCCUGGGAGCACUCUACAGCAUCAAGAUGAUGAAUCGCCGGAGGAGAAACGGCUCCAAGCGGCACAAAAGAAAGCAGAGGGAAUUUAACAGCAUGCAGGACCGAGUGAUGCUCCUGGCCGACAGCUCUGAAGAUGAAUUUUGAGUGGAACUGCAGUGCCCUUGGGAGGGAGAGCCCGUGACUUUCCAGAGGAGGGAGAGAGGGGGAGGAGAAGAACGAGCGACUUCUGUGCUGCUGCAGCGCUGCUCCCUCGGCUGCCCCGGGCAGGGGUGCGUCCCCAGCCCAGUGACAAUGACAAUGCUAUGCUCUACGUGUGCCACCCGUGGUGUUUGUUUUGAUACAGUAGUGGAGAUCUCACACUCCCUCAUUCAGAGCCACAGCUGGAGCUGAUCCGUGUGGAUGAUAUUAUUUUCCUCUUGCCCUGGUGUACUGUUUUGGUCCUGGCUGGCAGUAAUCUAAUCAUAACAAUAGCUCUCACCCAUCCCAGGAAUGGAAAUCUUUACUGUGAAUGACUUCUGUCCAAUUCAUUUUAAAUGUUACAUUACCUGAGCUAGAGAUCCUUAGUGCUAAGAUUAGCUGCUCUGCUUAAUUAAUGAGUUGUAAGCCUGGCCUGUACCCCUGGCUGCCCGAGAAGUGCCCAUGUACAGGGUUCUUGAUACAGUUUGAAGCACAUUUCUGCCCUUGGGUGCCCCCACUCUCACCCCUUUCUUCCUUCAGCUCUGCUCCACACUGCUUGGAGACACACAGGAAUGGCCUCAGCAUUGAUUCCACUCAAAAUUCCCUGUCCAUGUCCAACCAGCACUGUCUGUUACAGCACAAUAAAUACCAGCACUCAUCUAGUGAUGGCUGCUCUUGCCUUUGCAUCUCUUGGCUUUUGCUCAGUGUGCAAGGAAGUGAGAGAAGAGGCAGGUCAGAGACUUCCCCAGCUUCUGCCUCCUCUUGGAAGGACACCAGCUCCAGGUCCUUCUCUUUCCAAGGCUGCAUUCCCAUAGGAAUGAGAGUGGAGCCUCUGAACUCCUUUACCCCACUGGAAAAUGCAUUUUCAGCCCCUGAAAGCUGCGUGAACAGCAGCACCUUUGGGGGAUCUGCAUGGGUCUUGUCUCACAGCAUCACAGAAUGGUUUGGGUUGGAAGGGACUUUCAAGGCACCUGGUUCCGACCCUGACACCUUCCAUUAUCCCAGGUUGCUCCAAGCCUCAUCCAGUCUGGCCUGGAAAACUUCCAGGGAUGGGGCAGCUACGGAUUCCCUGGGCCCCAAACCAUGGAAUUCAGAAAGGCUCUAAAGCUUGGGGAGCAGGUGGAGUCACUGUUGAGGGAUUUGUGGCUAACAGUGGGAAAACAGCAAGAGCUGCAGAGAUGUCAGCUCUGGGGGGUGAGAUGGGAACCCCUGGUGUGGGGAGAAAGGUGAAUCCAUGGCACAGAAGGGUGCAGGGGGUUGUGGAGGUGCCCUCUGAGUACUGAGGGAUGCAGUGCUUGAGGUGUCACAGGCAUUGAGCAGGGGAGAAUAAUGUAGCUUUGCCCAGAAGUGCUAUCAAAAUAACCAGGAAAAGGCUGCACUGUUGGGCUCUGCUUCCCACUGUGAAAUUACUUCAAUCUGACAUACAAAAUAUCCAUGCUCCUGAGAUAGGAAUCCAUGUUCCUGAGGGGGGAAUCCAUGUUUCUGAGGGGGAAUCCAUGUUUCUGACAUGGAAAUCCAUGUUUCUGAGGGGGAAAUCCAUGUUCCUGAGGUGGGAAUCCAUGUUUCUGAGGUGGGAAUCCAUGUUUCUGACAUGGGAAUUUAUGUUUCUGAGGGGAAAUCCAUGUUUCUGAGGGAGGAAUCCAUUUUUCUGAUGAGGGAAUCCAUGUUCCUGAGGUGGGAAUCCAUGUUUCCAUGUUUCUGAGGGGGGAAUCCAUGUUUCUGAGGUGGGAAUCAUCCUUCCUGCAAGGUACAGUGACUGUUGCCAGAUGGGAAGUGAGCAGAAAAGGGCAGACCCCACAUGUGCUGAAAUUCAAUCCCCCUGAGCCUUUGGAGAAUGGGAGGGAGGGGAGGCUGAAGAGGGGCAGGAGCAGGAUUUGGUUCCCUGUGGAGGUGGAAAGACCUGUCAGAUGGUGGGGAAAUGUCCUGUGGGAGUGUCAGUGGGAUUGCAAGGCAGGGAGGACUUCCAGGAGCCCCUCCUGAGGUGAGCUCUCUCUUGAGAGGCUCAAGGCUGCCUCUGGGCAUUAAAUCACCAGAAGUGAUGGUCAGCUCUGAAAAACCAAUGUUCACCAGAGCCCAGGCAUUCUCCUAAGAGCCUCUGACAUCUCCUGGGUCACAUGGACAAGGACAGAUGGGACACACAGGUUCCAAAAUGCUGCUCCAAUGCUCUUCUUCCAGUCCAGCAGCUGUGUGUGGUACCUCAGCCAUCCAUCCUGUUGGGUGCAUGGGGAUCUGGCUGGGGGAAACAUUUUUGGGGUGGGGGGGUCUUCAUACCCCCCAGCCAGGGCUCCACAGUGCAUCUCACCCUUUUUGGUCCUGAGACAUCAGCCAGGAGGGUUUUGCCUUGCUAAAAGCAGCUCCACAUCUUUAACAGGCACUGACUGGCAAUACACCAUGAAAUCCAAAAUUCAGGCCUCUCUCUCACUUGGUCACUCCAAGUUAAGAUGAAGUUUUUCCCUCCAGAGCGAUCUCUCCCUAUUUCCUGCUGAUUCCUAAGUCUGUUGGAGCUUGGAGGUUCUUGGGAGGUGUUACCAGUCCAGGGAUCAUUCCUUCACUAUUGGAGAUUGGGAAAUAUUGUCCCUUGGGCUCUUUGGUGAUUUAUUCCUGGUAAGGUAUGGUGGGGAUUGCAAGAUGGAUAUUUGGUGAAAUAUCUGAUAAAACACAGAGCUGCUGGGUCAUUGAGGAGGAGGAGGGAUGGCUAAGGAAGGCUUCUGGUUUGAGUAGCCCAGCUGUGGCAACUCAGGAGGAUCCUUAUGGAUGGGCUGCCAGUUUGAUGGAUUGGGAAGGGUGGGUGGGGAGGUGCUGUGGCCUUUUGUUGUGCUAAUGAAUCCUCACUUUGGGAAACACUGCCUUUCUGCAGGGGCAAUCAGUUUCCCUGUCUCUCCUCUCCCUCUUCAGCAUAAUGAACUCGAGGAAUUAAAGGCAGCACUGCCAGUCAGAAUGAUGGAAGUGGGGUUUUACUGCAUCUCUGGGGGCCCUGGUGUCCUCAGAACCAGACAGGACAUGGCAGGGCUGGCUUGGAUGCUGCAAGUCCACAAGGAAGGGAGGCCCAGCUGCAUGCACAGCUCAGUGUGGGCUCUCUGGUCUCUGCUGGAGACAGGCUUAGGAGUUAGGUGCAUUUCCCAAAGGUCUUUCUUGUGUUCUGUCUGCACUGCUAGGCCUGACUCUGGCUCUGAAAUGCUUCACCCAAGGAUGGGACCUGAGCACUGCUGGCCAUUUUGGCGGGGAGCUUUCUGUGGAAUGGUGGUUUUGGUCAGCCCUGGAGGGUCCCCAAGUGUUCAGCUUGAACUGGAAGCCAGGUGGGCAGUCAGAGCCAGCUGUGGCUCGAGGGAAGUUUGCGGGAUCCUUGGGAGCUCAGACAGAGUUUCCUGCAGUGGCUGCAGGUCCUUGAAGCACCAGCACCCCUCAGCCCCUUCCCUUCUCAUCCAAGGCCAAUAGACUUGGGAUUGGGCUCUUAAAAAUGUCCUCUGCACAGCUCCUGGAGUUGGAUUCAUUCCCUUGGAAUGAUCAGGAGGCAGCAGGGAGGGGAUGGGGGGUUCAGGUGGGAGCUGAAGCUGGAGCUCCAGUGGCCUGACACUGCUGAUUGAAUCUUCACUUCUGCCUUGCCAAACCAGCAGCUUCUUUUGGAAGAGGCAGGGCAAGGAAAGCAGCCAAGAAGGCUCCUCAUCCUCAGUGCUGGGUGAGCUGCAAGGCCCUGAGUGCUGAGGGUGCUGGCAUUGGCACAGCAAUGUCCCUGCAGCAAUAACAGCCCCUGGACUCCACACAGGACCAGCCACUCACCUCCCUUUUGCAUUCUCCUGACAGCACAAGGCAGAAUUUCCUUGCAGGCCCUGCACAACAGCUUUGGCAUCUCCAGCUCCAUUUCUGACAGGAGGAACCAGCCUGCCUGGCAGCUCUUGUCCCCUUGGAAUGCACCUCCACCACACAGCUGCUGAUCCCUGAAGGUCUGAUCUCUGAACAUCUGGCCUCAGAUGUUCACCCUGGUGAGGCUGCUCUGGACUGCUCUGCUUCCACAGAGAGCUGUGAGCAGUCCUUGUGCUUCCCUGUGGUUUUCUCUUGUGGGCAGGAGCAGCUCCUCAUCCUGUAACUAUGGAAUGUAGCACUUUGUUAAAGGAAAACAUUGGGAAAUAAAAAGCUGUCCAUCAGA